UUCCGUAACCCAGAGCAAGCAGGGAUAGGCAGGGAUGGAAAGCGGCAGUGGGCAACAGAGAUCCCUAAACCCUAGCAAUGGAGAAACAAUAGAGAAGCCAAAGGUGGUGGUAAUAAUGGGUCCAACAGGUUCAGGAAAAUCAAAGCUAGCCAUUGAUUUGGCUUCCCACUUUCCGCUGGAAGUAAUCAACGCUGAUUCCAUGCAGGUCUACCAAGGCCUUGAAGUUCUCACCAACAAAGUCCCACCUCAUGAACAAAAGGGAGUGCCACAUCAUCUUCUGGGGACUGUGAGUCCAAACAUUGAGUUUACUGCUAAGGAGUUUCGAGAUUCAGCCAUUCCUCUCAUUACUGACAUACUAUCUCGCAACCAAAUACCUGUCAUUGUUGGAGGUACUAAUUAUUAUAUCCAGGCUCUUGUGAGUCCAUUCCUUCUAGAUGAUUCAACAGAAGAUGUGGACGAAAGCUGUUAUAGUGGCCUUUCUGGAGAUGAGCAGGCAGACCUUGAGUUCGACUUUGGAAGAGACAGUUCCAUUUACAGUUAUGAGAAUCUUAAAGACCUUGAUCCAGUUGCUGCAAACAGAAUUCAUCCAAAUAACCUGAGAAAAAUUAAUCAAUACCUCAGUUUGUAUGCUCGCUCCGGUGUUCUGCCUAGUAAACUUUUUCAAGGAAAGGCUGCAAAGAACUGGGGUCGAGUGGAUAAUUCUAGAUUCAAUUGCUGCUUUAUAUGUGUUGAUGCUGCUACCCCUGUGCUCGACAGAUACGUAGAACAAAGAGUAGACUGCAUGAUAGAUGCUGGAUUGCUAGAUGAGGUGUAUGACAUUUACAAUGUGAAUGUUGAUUAUACUAGAGGUUUGCGGCAGGCCAUUGGUGUUCGGGAGUUUGAGGAUUUUCUGAGAAUUCACCUUUCUACAAGAAGGAACAAUGGGACAACUGAAUCUACUGAUGCAUUUCUUAACCCUGUGUCAACAAAAACUGAUGACGAGACACUGAAAGAGCAUAUGAGGGCAAUACUAAAAUCCUCUGGUAACAAUCAACUCAGAAUACUACUUGAAGGAGCCAUUGACAAAGUAAAGUUAAACACUAGAAGACUUGUUCGUUGUCAAAAGAGGAGGCUUAAUCGACUUCAAACAUUGUAUGGAUGGAACAUUCACUAUGUUGAUUCAACGGAAGCCAUCUCAUGUGAAUCAGAUGAAUCAUGGGCAGCAGAUGUGGUUGAACCUGCUGUGAACAUUAUUACAACUUUUCUUGGUGAUAAGGAAAGAUUGGUGCCUAAGCUGGAGGAUCAAAAGAGCACAUCAAAGGAAACGAUCCAAAGGGACUUGUGGACUCAAUACAUUUGCAAGGCUUGUGGGGACAAGGUACUUAGAGGUGCACAUGAGUGGGAACAACACAAACAGGGCCGUAGACAUCGAAAAAGGAUUUUUCAGCUUAGGAAGUCUCAGGGGUUUUGCUUGGCAGAGCAGCAGCAACCAUAAAAUUCUUGCAGUAGUUAAGACAACAAUAUUCAGUGGCAUGUAAUCUUGAAUACUAAUAGGUAAUUGGAAGAGUAACAUUUAUGAUUAUGGUGCAGUGACAUUUUAAGAAACUUACCAAUGGAUAGUGCACUUGAGAGUCUCCAGUACCAGGCUUACUACGAACAUGGGAUUUGUUUUAGAGAAAAAAUAGAAACAAGAGUUGAUGCAGGAUGGGAGAAGUUUGUUAUCAUGUGUUUGGGAGUGUUUUUGUAAUAUUGUUGUUGGGUUUGCAAAAACCAAAAUUAUGUCUGUAACACUCAACAUUUUUCAGACGAAAAUUUGUGACUCAAGCUUACUAUGAACAUUUUAUUAAUCAGAAUCGGAAGCAUGAAAUCAGGUAAAA